AUGCUCGUCUAGAAGGCUUUCCAUGAAGCAUCUCGGAGAUGGCCAUUACCCGCCUUAGAUUUCCUUUAUAAGCACAGGGCAUUCGCGAGAGUCUGUUCCUGGAAAAAGGAGCUACCUACACGAGAAUAGAGCAGAAUUACAUGUCGAGGAUGGGUGUUUCUUUAGUUGAUAUCUACCACGUAAUGGCAGCUAUGGUCCCGCUAUACGCUGCGAUGCUGUUAGCCUACGUCUCAAUGAAAUGGUGGAAGCUCUUCACGCCCAAUCAAUGCUCGGGCAUAAAUAAGUUCGUGGCAAAAUUUUCCAUCCCUCUCCUAUCAUUCCAGAUGAUAUCCUCCAACAACCCCUAUAAGAUGAACAUCAAACUGAUGUUUGCCGACUUCCUCCAGAAGAUGCUCGCCGUUCUCGUGCUAGCAGGCGUGACGAGAUUCAGCAGAAGAGGAGGCUUAAAAUGGAUCAUCACGGGUUUGUCUCUCUUGACUCUUCCAAACACUCUGAUUGUCGGGAUCCCUUUGAUUCAGGCCAUGUAUGGGAAUGAAGCAGCUGGGCUCCUAGCACAAAUAGUUGUCCUCCAAAGCCUAGUUUGGUACAAUGUGUUACUAUUUCUCUUCGAGCUUAAUGCGACAAAGAUGGCUUCAGCAACACAACCUCCGGAAGUUACAGAGGAUACAGAGGUCCCAGUUGAAUCCUUGCCGAAAGAGGGAGGAGAGGUUUCAAAAUUCAGAAGCAGAAGGAUAUUCGAGACCUUGCUCAUCGUGUUGAAAGUGGUAAAGAAGCUCGUAAGGAACCCGAACACCCACGCAACUUUGCUGGGGAUUGUUUGGGCAAGCAUCCACUACAGGUGGAAGAUAGAAUUACCAGCAAUUGUAAAGAACUCUAUACUAAUACUCUCUCAGGGAGGACUCGGAAUGGCAAUGUUCAGUUUAGGCCUUUUCAUGGCAUCUACGGCAAGUGUAAUAGCUUGUGGAACUCGAAUUGCUGCAGUAGCCAUGGUGCUGAAGUUCCUCGGAGGCCCGGCCCUGAUGGCUAUGGCCUCUUUCCCCAUUGGACUAAGAGGAUCCUUAUUUAAAGUGGCAAUCGUACAGGCUACCCUUCCCCUGGGAAUCGUGCCAUUCGUUUUUGCAAAAGAGUAUAACGUGCAUCCUGACAUCUUGAGCACAGGGGUAAUUUUCGGGAUGCUCAUCGCUGUGCCAAUAGCUUUGGGGUAUUAUCUUCUGUUAGCACUAUAGAAGACCUGAUACCCCGGAAGCCCUGCAGCCUAAUUUCAAGAGACGAUUGUCCUCUCAGUAGAAAGGAUACAUAGAGUUUACAGAUGAGGAAAGAGUGAGUAAAAAGUUUCCUGUAAAUAGUGAGAUAUCACCGAUACCGAUUUGUAAUU